AGAAAGAAACUUCCUCUCUCUCUCUCUCUCUCUCUCUCUCUCUCUAUUCCUCUCCUUUCCUUUUAUUUUACGCGUAAAACAAACCCUAGGUGGGACACUUUCAGUUCUCACAACACGACCCGCGAUCGUCACGAUUCAUACAAUUGUUAGGGCGAGUGUUUUUUUUUUUUUUGGAAUUACUGUCCAUGGCAACUUGACAAAAUAAAAUACUUCUUGGAACAGGUUUUUCAUCCAAAAACCCUUUCAAACCUUCAAUGAUAGGCAAAGAAAGCAAUCAUUUUGUAGUUUAGAUUGAUUGCCACGACACUGCUCGUGGUUUCAGAGGAAUUUUAUGCCUGUUGUGACUUUCUGGAAUUGGUGUCAUUCGGCACUCUGCAUCUGCACUUGUUUGCCAUUCCCAGAACGCAGAACUGUGUGAAGUACCCUUGAGAUGUUUUGUGGCAUUUUAAUGUAUAUGUUUCUUUCAAAAAUUUUAAUUGAAGAACUUUACGUGGUGGGCUUUGGAAAUCCCUAUAGGAGUUUCUCUACUAUGAACUCUAGAUUCUUUCUCUUUGGCAGAUGAUUUAUGUCAUUCACAACUCGUUCUUCUCAUCAUUCCAUUUAUACUGAUACUUGUUCUUAUGGGGUGCUUCAAAUGUGUUAGUUUCGUACAGGUUUGUUGAAGAUUUAGCAUCCUUUAUUCCUAGCUUGUUGCUUCCUAGUUGUCAGCAGCCAAUUCCUUUGGGUUUUAUUUUUGAAGUACAAAGAUGGGUGCCUUCUGCUGCUGUCUUAGCAGUGAUGAACAUGAAGAACAUGCUUACCCAGGGAGUUCAAUAUACAGGCACUGCAUUUGCCUAAGAUUCUUUUUCCACCAGUUACUCGGUGGGUAUGGUACAAUGUUUCACAGACUUGAAGGUCGCACUGUAUCGCCAACCCAAGGAGGUAAUUUUUUGGCAUCAACUGGAGUUGGCACAGGAUUACCUGAUAGUUCUGCAAAUGACACUCAACUCUCAUCAUCCAGGCCAGUCCCUUCCGAUAAUGAUCAGAGGUAUGAUCGUUUGCAGCGUUAUGGUUUAGUCUCUAGGAAGUCGAUGACUCACUUCCAAGAAGAAUCACAAUCACUGAGAAGAAAUGUGAGCAGUUCUGGCAUGGAAUCAUUGGGCUCUGUAAAAAAAAGAAAUGGGGUUGAUUCCGAAGAUGACAAUAAACUUGGCUAUUCAGAGUCCUCAGAGAAAUCUUUGGCAACAAAAGUUGCACAUGGACUAACUUAUGUGCAACCGUCUACUGCAGAUGAAGAUGUCUGCCCUACUUGUCUUGAUGAGUACACUCCAGAAAAUCCUAAAAUCAUGACACGAUGCUCUCACCAUUUUCACCUCGGUUGUAUUUAUGAAUGGUUGGAAAGAAGUGAAAGUUGUCCAAUAUGCGGCAAGGAGAUGGAGUUUUGUGAAAGCCCUUAAGUUGUUCAGCGUCUGAUUGUCAAGUAAUGGGGGAAGAGCUGGCCGGAGUGUAAAUAAAAGCUCCCUGAACUUUGUUUAAAGGAGUCUUGCAUAGAGUUUCUCUAAAGAGAAGAAAAUAAAGAAGGUUCUUGCAUAGAGGAAACCGAUUUUUCAUUUUCUCAAACCUUGUAAUUUCCUAAUGUACCUGAUGGUCAAAUACUCGAUGCUUUCUGUAUAGAUUUUUACUUAUCAGUGUAUAGCUUGUAUAAACUGAUUCAUGAACAUUAUGCCGGCUCGUAUAAGUUGCUCAAGUAUUGCUAAUGUUAAUCCGUGCUUCCACCAA